AUGGCAUUUCGCAAGGAGCAAGAAGAGGCCGAGCAGUAUGCUCAGAUCCUGGCCGGCAUGAGGUCGAGGCUCGCAAGAGACAAUGCAGCAGCCCAAGGCAAUCAGACUCGUCAAGAAGACCGGCGCGGCUCCAAUAGUGGGCCGAUCGGUCGUCCAGUCUUGACUGGAGUGAGCAACGCUGGCACGUUUGGUCUUGUGGAUAGGCCGAGAUAUUUCGAGGCGACCGGUCGCUUCUCCGAUCCACCACAGUACUGGCAAGAGCCAGGUCAAGCAGUCCCCGGUGAGGUCGCGACUGAGGUUAUCGACGAGGAGGCAGAGGAGGACGACGAGCUGGACGAAGACGAGGUCGAGGACGAGGGAAUGGUCUGGAAGCUUGGCGAGCCCCAGCCACAGCCACUCUACUAUCAGAUUCCGACGGCCAAUGGCGGGUUCGAGGAUCGAUUAAUCCACUCCAACGUCGAUUUCAACAGCAGAGACUCAGUCAACAAGGCCAACAAGCAGCGUCGUCUGGAGCAGUAUCGCGCCAAGAAACGGCACGGCUUGCAGCACCAGCUUCUUCGUCCAGGGACCAAGGGUCAUGAGUACUCGCAAGCUCACGAUACGUUCAUUAGUCAACAGCAUCAGUCGUACGCGGCCGCAAACGGCAACCGCAGGAUCCCGUGGAGCAUCCUAACCAAUAACUUCAAUGGAGCCUUCCCUGGACAGAACAGGACGAAGAACUCAUUGUCGAGUCUCGUUGAUCAGAGGGCCGGGUUAAAGAGGAUGCGUGCGCAGUACGAUGGGGCGGACGACGAAUAA